AUGUGGCAGCUCGAUAUAACUUCCGCAGCCAUCAUGACCUUGAUGCCAACACUGCUGGAUAAAUAUUGGGCUCGUCAGCGGGGAUCGCAACAACAACAGUCACAUCAUCAGAAGAUGUCCCGCCUCGUCGUUGCAGCAGUCCCACCGUCACGCAUGAGCAUGAAUAUCAGUCCACCACCCUGCAAAUGGGUGGAGGUUGAGAUCAUUUCUCAAAAGGUCAACGCCAAAUACUGCACAAGAUGGUGCCCCGAUUGCACCCCGCAGUACACCCUGAGAGAGAUCAUAUUCUUUAUUGAAUGUGACUCAACGAUGGUCAGGUACAGCGGGGGGAUCUCUUUAAGGGGGAUGGACAUGGACAUACUUGGAACUGUCUAUAAAGAAAACGAAGAAGGGGCAUCAGCUUUGCUGAAGGUGGUAAGGACUCGAGGGGUAACUCGGCAGAAGGUUCGCCUCCAGAUGCUCCAUAAGACCGAUAACUGGAUUAACUACGUUCUGUUAGGUGUACUCCUAGCGAUCGUAGCAAUCCUCGUUAGGGUUGCCAAGGGGCUUCCUCACGAUGGGGCUGUAGAAGCUUUCUACCAAUUAUGGGGCAAUCCUUUUGCCGGUGCGUUACAGUCCACUAUCGGGAGAGCCGCAGCUGUGAAGUUGCAGAAGGAGGCAUUCUUAGCCGUGUGUGGUGUCCUGCGGAGAAUAUUCUUAUCAAUAUACUCAUUAGUGAGCUCGACCUGUAUUCUUAUUGUAUUUUAA